UUCUUGGGUCGGAGUGUUAGAACGAAGUGUUGCUCUCAACAGCCACAAAGUUUACAACUGUAACAAAAUGUCAGGAAGCAAAAUAAUAAAUGUGAGAGUGCGCGACGUGAGAUUCCCGACUUCACUAGAACAACAUGGAUCGGAUGCAAUGCACACCGAUCCAGAUUACUCUGUGGCGUAUGUUGUUCUUGAGACGGACACUGAACUGAAGGGUUAUGGCUUGACUUUUACUGUGGGAAGAGGGACGGAAAUCGUCGUAUGUGCAGUUAAAGCCUUAUCUACGUUGGUGUUGGGGAAGAGUUUGGAGGAGAUCACCGGUGACUUCAGAGGCUUCUACAGACUCCUGAGCAGUGAUGGACAGAUGAGAUGGAUUGGACCAGAAAAAGGAGUAAUUCAGCUGGCGACGGCAGCCAUUCUGAACGCCGUCUGGGAUUUAUGGGCACGAGUGGAGGGAAAGCCCUUGUGGAAGCUGCUUGCUGACAUGGAUCCUGUGAAGUUGAUCAGCUGUAUUGAUUUCCGAUAUAUCACUGAUGCGCUGACAGAGCGGGAAGCUUUAGAUAUUUUGGUAAAAGCCAAAACGGGAAAGAAAACUAGAGAGGAGCAGAUGUUAAGGGAAGGCUAUCCUGCUUACACCACUUCAUGUGCUUGGCUGGGCUACACUGACCAGCAACUUACCCAGCUCUGCUCUGAAGCUCUUGCCCAAGGAUGGACUAAAUUUAAAGUGAAGGUUGGGGCCGAUUUGCAGGAUGACAUCCGUAGAUGCAGCCUUAUCCGAAAGUUGAUUGGACCAGACAACACCCUGAUGAUUGAUGCCAACCAGCGGUGGGAUGUUAACGAAGCGGUUAAUUGGGUAACCAAGCUGGCAGAGUUUCACCCUCUGUGGAUUGAGGAGCCCACGUGUCCAGAUGAUAUUCUAGGUCAUGCUUCCAUCUCAAAGGCACUUGCACCCUUUGGUAUUGGAGUGGCCUCUGGAGAGCAGUGCCAUAACCGAGUGAUGUUCAAGCAGUUUCUCCAGGCCUCGGCUCUACAGUUUGUUCAGAUUGACAGCUGUAGGGUGGGCAGUGUCAAUGAAAACCUGGCCAUCAUACUCAUGGCUGCUAAGUUUAAUGUUCCCGUGUGUCCUCAUGCCGGGGGUGUGGGACUGUGUGAGCUUGUUCAACACCUCAUUCUGUUUGACUACAUUUCUGUGUCUGCUAGUUUAAGCAAUAGGAUGUGUGAGUAUGUGGAUCAUCUGCACGAACACUUCAGAAGCCCCACCAUCAUCAGAAACGCCCACUACAUACCACCAGUGGAUCCUGGAUUCUCUUGUGAAAUGCUGGAAGAAUCCGUGCAAAAGCAUCAGUUUCCCGAGGGAGAGGUUUGGAGAGAUAUUGAGAAGCAAUAAGCAUCAACACAU